AUGGAGCCUCACAACCACAUGGCCGUCCGCGAGCUGGACUUGAGUGCAUAUCACCCUACAUCCAUCGUCGAUAAGAUCAAUGCCGUACCCGCCUUGAAAACCAGUACUGUCCUCGCCGACGAGGACGAAAAGACCGACGCCCUCCAACUGGUUGCCGAGUCCGUCGCCGAGCGACGUGCCGAGGCCGCGACCGCCCUCGCCGCACACCCAGCCUGCGUCGCCGGCCUCGUCGUCUCCGUUGUCGUCACCUACCACUACCACCACUUGACCAGGGGCAAUCUUUCCGUCGCUGUCGCCGCCUGUAGCCUCCUCUUGGCCACGUACCUCGCUGCUGCGUAUUACCUUUCUGCAGGCUACAGCCACCUCGCCCAAGAGGUCAUCCCCAACUGGAUCGCCUCGGGAGACUGCCGGAGGGACAUGGUCCUCGCCGCGCGCAAGGACAACGUCAUCGUCGCCGCCCUCGUACUCACCUUGGAGCCUAGCUUCACCCAAAUGAGCAGGCGGCGUGGCAGACAUGCCAGUUUAAGAGGAGGCCGAUGUGUAAUCAAGGCGUGGACCACGGCCAAGGCGCAUCGGGGCCAAGGUAUCGGCGCCGAGCUGUUGGCCAAGGCGGUCAGGGUUUCGCGGGACAAGUGCGGCCGAGAUGCCGCCAUCGGGUUUGCUAAAGAGCACGCCCACAGCACCAUGAUGCUUGCUGAGAUAUUCAACGGCUCGUUCAGGAAGCGAGAGUUGAGGGCCACCAAGGCACUAGAUACGAUAGUUGCCGAUCUCGACGGCAAUAGGAAGAAGAGGUAG